GCCAAAAAUAAGCACGAGAAUCUUGAAAACCAAAGCUCCCAUAUACACUUCUUCCUCCUCAAAAUAUUCAUGAGAAAUUCACCAGAAAAAUGACUGACCCGACUAAUUCAGAUUCGUGUUGUAAGUCAUGAUCAUGAUUGGAAAUACCAACAAAAAGAUUCGAUUCUGACUUCGUAGAACCGGUGCUGUUGUUGCCUGUGUUGCACGUAGAACCGUCCCCUACUCCCCCAUCCAUUUAAGAGGAGCGCUCCGUAUCAGAAUUUUCUUUCCUUUUCAGGCUCGACUCGAAACGUCUGGUUAAAGAUGUGUCAUCAUCAGCUUUGCCGGAAAGUUGUUCAAGUUAACACUAUAAAGUGGAAAAUAGUUGAAAAAGUUUCUAUUUUUAGAAAGUUUUUAAGGUUCAUUUGGGAAAGAAUUAUGGUUUGUUCAACUGGAAAUUCAGUAAGGUACAGAAGAUUGUCUUCAAAAUUUUCUGAGGAAUUAUUAGCUGUGGAGUCAUCAAAUGAAACAUUAAUUAGUGGAUAUGAUAGUGAUUCAGAUUUAGUUGCAUUGAAGAUUAGUAUUUUGGGUGAUUGCCAGAUUGGGAAAACGAGUUUUGUGAUAAAGUAUGUGGGAGAUGAACAAGAAAAGAGGUGUUUGGAGAUGAAGGGAUUGAAUUUAAUGGAUAAAACAUUAAUUGUACGUGGUGCAAGAAUUUCUUUUAGAAUAUGGGAUGUAGGAGGUAACCAUAAUUCAUAUGAUCAAAUUCCAAUUGCUUGUAAAAAUUCAGUUGCAAUUCUCUUCAUGUUUGAUCUCACUAGUAGAAGUACUUUAAACAAUGUCAUAGAUUGGUACAGUGAAGCAAGAAAGUGGAAUCAGACUGCUAUUCCAAUACUAAUUGGGACCAAGUUUGAUGAUUUUGUCCAGCUUCCACUAGAUAUUCAAUGGUCUGUUGUCACGCAGGCAAGGGCAUAUGCAAAAGCAAUGAAAGCAAGUCUCUUCUUCUCAAGUGCAACUCAUAAUAUCAAUGUGAAUAAGAUCUUCAAAUUCAUUAUGGUCAAGCUCUUUAACUUGCCUUGGACUGUCCAAAGAAAUCUUACCAUUGGUGGUUAACCGGCUGUCGAGGGUGGUCCUUAAUUUGCUUGGGAUGCAAUGGGUGAUGCCGGGCACAGUGAAGGACGUGUUGCAUAGCUGGGUUCACAGGAGGCAGAAGAGAAGUCCAAGGGCAUGGUGUGUUGCCCCAUUAGCAAUCAUGUGGGUUAUUUAGAAUGAGAGAAAUAGGAGGGCAUUUGAAGGGGUGGAACAAGAUUUUGUAAAAUUACAAAAUAGCCUACUGUUUGUUUCUUUUUGGUGUACUCAUGAGUUCCCUAUUUGUAUAGAGGAUUGAAUCUCUUUUGUUGAGAACCAUAUUUGGUGUAGGUUCUCUUCUUUUGGUAUAUGGCUUGUAUACGGGGUUUCUCCCAAUUGUUAAUAAAAUAUUUACCUUAUCAAAAAAAUGUAAUAUUCCAGUAUGUUUGGAAUAUCUGUAAUGAUGAUGCUAAUAUAUGCACGAUUCACCAGGACUCAAAAGUUAAAUUCAUUAGAGAAUGCAAAUUUAUCUAAGAUGUAAUUGUGAUGCUUUCUCCUCCAGACUGACCUUGCAGACACACAAACAAUUAAAUUAACCUUUUUUCUAUUAGAACAGAUGUAAUUGUAGCCAAGCUAACUCCUUGAUGUUCAAGCACAAUUUAAUCUACUCACAAAAGAGACAGGAGGGAGCAAGUCUAAAUCAUAUUGCUCAAAUAAGCAUGAGAAUGAUGGCAAUUUACUCCGGCAAAUUCAGCA